UUCACACCAGUGACAAUGAGCAGCAGCAGCAAGCCGCAGCAGUCGACGUCGAUGGAAGAGGUCGACCUCGAGAAGGGCCAGGAAGCGCGUGAUGACGCGACGCCGUCGACGGCCAACACGGGCUACGAGAGCCGCGCCGCCAGUCGCUUCUGGUGGGUGCCCGACGUCAAGCUCGACCCGCGCGUGCCCGUCAAGACAACGAUCGUCGCCGUCACGCUGCUCACGGCCGGCGUCGGACUGCUUCUCUGGGGCCUCGUGCUUGCCGCCGAAGGCAAGGGCCUCGGCCACCUCUUCCUCGGCUUUAUGACGGCGACGCCCGGUGCGUACGCGACCGUGCAGCUCUACGGCGCGUACCGAGGCUGGCGAGGCUACGCCUUUGAAAACAUCCCGUCCUACGACACCUCGAAUCCAUCUUAAUCUGCAGUACACGCUAUCCCAUCUGCG